UGUAUAUCAACCUUAAGGUCCAAGAUGGCCGAUUCAACUCAGCUUCUCUCCCACUCCCAGGCAGACUCGGCCGAGUCAGAAAGCACCCCACCAUCAGAUCAGAAACACCUCCCAAUAUCCCUUGAUUCCAGAAUCGAACGGUUUCUUGGGGAUUUCGGGUGGGCCCAAUUCCUCCAAGCCGCACUUGUGUCCUUGGCAUGGAUCUUCGAUGCCCAACAAACAUUCAUCAGCGUCUUCACUGAUGCACACCCAAAGUGGCACUGCACUCAACUUGGGGACGAGUCAUGCGACGACUCGGUCUCCAACAUCUGCCAUCUUCCCAAGAAUUCAUGGGCCUGGGAUUGGCCUGCCCACACUUCAAUCAUAUCUGAAUGGUCCUUGGAGUGCGCCGCUUCCAUUGUCACUGGCCUCCCCGCAUCUUCCUUCUUCAUGGGUUGCCUAGCAGGCGGACUCGUUCUUGCCACGCUCGCCGACUCCUCACUCGGUCGCAAAAACGUCCUCUUUCUCUCUUGCCUAACAAUGUCUGUCUCUUCCCUACUAACCGUCUUCUCCACCAAUAUAUGGAUUUACUCAGCUUUAAGAUUCGUCUGCGGCUUUUUCCGUUCAACAAUAGGAACUUGUUCGCUUGUGCUUGCAACUGAACUUGUGGGAAAGAGGUGGCGGGGCCAGGUGGGGGUGAUGGGAUUCUUUUGUUUCACGCUGGGGUUUUUAUCACUGCCAGCUAUAGCUUAUAUGAAUAUAGGAUUCUCGUGGAGAAAUCUCUAUCUAUGGACUUCUAUCCCAGGAAUCAUCUACUCUACGUUAGUUCGCUUCCUUGUCCGUGAGUCACCGAGAUGGUUGUUUGUGCAAGGACGUGAAAAUGAAGCGAUGGCCACGUUAAAGUGUAUUGCUAAUGCUACACCUGACAACAGUAGCUUAACCUGGACCUUCUCUGGAGUGUCGUCGUUUGAGCACGAAACGGGAAACAACAAUCUUUACUCGGCCAUGAAGAUCUUGCUGGAGAAAAGAUGGGCGCUUCGAAGGUUGUCAGCGGUUAUGGUGAUGGGCUUUGGCAUGGGAUUGGUGUACUACGGCAUGCCGUUAGGCCUCGGAAACUUGGCAUUCAAUCUAUAUUUGAGCGUGACAUUGAAUGCCUUAUCUGAGCUACCGUCGUCCAUGGUCACUUUCUUCCUUAUCGGAAAGUUGAACAGAAAAAGUUCGAUUAUGGUGUUCACUAGCCUUAGUGGCGUUUGCAGUAUCAUGUGUGCUUUGAAGGGGAAGGAGUGGAGAAAAUUCCAGAUUGGACUAGAGCUGGUGUCCUUCUUCAGCGCGUGUACGGCGACUAAUAUAUUAUUCAUAUUCACAAUAGAGCUGUUCCCGACUCUUGUGAGGAACUCAGCUAUGUCGAUGCUGAGGCAAGCGCUUGUGCUUGGUGGCGUGUUUUCUCCGAUGCUAGUGGCUGUCGGCCGGAGAGGAGAUGGAUUUUCAUCGUAUGGGGUGUUUGGGUUGGUUAUAGGGUGUUGUGGGCUGUUUGCGGGAUGUUUGCCAGAGACAAGGGGUCGGACACUUUGUGAUACAAUGGACGAGGAAGAGCACAAAGAGAAUGUAGCCUGUAAUAUUGGUGGCCUUGGUAACGUCUAGCUAGGCUUACGUUUGUUUUGUCAUGCACUCUGAUUUAACAUCCGCCGAAAUUGCGUGUUUUAAGUGGUUUGUUUGUUGAACAAGUAUGAAGUGAAUGUAAAGAGUGGUUUCUUGCUUAAAGCAGGGAAGAUUGAUUAGAAAUGAAUAAAUUAUUUUUCAUGUUUA